AUGGAGUCGCUGAUGAGCAGUCUGCAAACGGAGCCGGUGGCGUGGGAUACCACGGGAGAUGAUCUGCAGAUUCCGGAAGCAGUGGCAUGGCUACGGAACGAAGGUCAUUCGAAGGUCAGCGAGGAGACCGGCCUGCGCAGCGAGCAGCUCGAGUCGUGGCUUGAAAUGGGACCAGUAAAGCAAACGCUAGCAGACGAGGAUCGGUUCUGCGACAGGAUGCUGUUGCAAGAGUUCCUGCAGCUGGAAACAAACUGGCCAGAGGGGCUCUCGAACAGUGCUUUGGAUAGUGCCCGUAACCGUGCGAAUCCUUUCGAGCAGGUCGGAAGAAAUAUCUUCAGCAGCCGCUCGGCGGUUAAGCUGGCAAACCUGGAUGUGCUGUGCAACGUACUGAUGGAGCAAGCGAAAGCAAGCGAUCUCUUCUAUGUUGCCAACGUGUUUGGCGAUAACGGCGGCUGCGCCGAGUACGUGCUGUGGCGUAAGAAGUGGCGCGCCAAAGUGUUCGGUAUCCCGCGGCACAACUUUCGAUUCCGCGGGUUCGCCAGCUCGGUACCGUCCGAAACGUUCCAAGUGCUGGCCCGAGAUCCAGCCAAUGAUGACGAUGGUGGUUGGUUUUGUGAUCCGUCACAUUUGGAACGCUUGAUCCGGUACAUGCUGGAGCAAACGGGAUCGGGCGUCCAUCUGAUGGUGACCAACGAUGCGAGCAUACGCCAGAACAACAACAGUCCGGAAGUCGUGAAGGAACUGGCUUUGAAGCGGAUCUUUCUUUGCGAGGUAAUCCUCGCGCUGGCAACGCUCCGUCCCGGGGGCCAUCUUAUUCUGAACCUGUUCGAGGUGUUCACCUCGUUCACCGUGGGCCUCGUGUACCUGGUGCAUCGCUGUUUCGGGCAGAUCAGCAUCUGUAAGCCGAACAGUACACGGUCGCUCAACUCGGAGCGGUUCCUGAUAGCGAAGGGGAAGCUAAAGCACACGGACCCCGUGCUGCGCUAUCUGCGGAUGGUCAACGAGAAGAUGCAGGCGGCGGGCGACGUAACACCGUUGGCGCUGGUCGCGGAGACUGUGCUGCGAGAGGAUCGUCCGUUUUACGAGUACAUUCGCCAGAGCAACUACGCCAUCACCCGGAAGUCUAUUGCCGGGCAGCUGAAAAGGCUGGCCUUCGUGAAAAAUCCAAAGCUAGUGGAACCACGCCAAGCGGAGGUUAAGCGCAAGUGUUUGACACUGUGGAACCUCCCGAAUACGAUGUACGUGCAGCAGCUACCGAAAGAUCCCGACCAGUACGUGGCCACCGUCUACAGGGUGUGGAACAGUUUGGUGGGGAAGCUGCGCUCGCCAGAGAACAAGCUGCAGCCGGCCUUGAGCAAGUGCCUUUGCCUGGACUACGCUUGGCACUGCGUACCGAUCGGCCCGAACUUACGCGUAUUUCUGCUCGGCAUGGGAAACCGCGCUGUGUUCCGAUACGACCUACGGCAGAGUGCUUGGGUCCCGCUGAGGAACAUCGUGAUCGAGCUGCCGGCGGGCACGAUUUUGUACGGCGAGUUCGUCAACGAAACGUUCCACAUAAUCGAUGGGCUGGUGCUGGGUGGCGAGGACAUCCGGCGACUGCCACUGGCCGAACGAAACGCUCGGUGCCGGCUGUUUGCUAAAGCGCUACAGAAACCACCCAAUCGUUCGUCGGAGCCCAAACAAUUCACUCCAGUCGUCGUAUAUGCAAAAACGCUUCAGCCGUUAGUGCAAAUGAAGCAUUUCUUGAACGAAACGCUGGUGCCUGAACCGACGGACGGAGCAGCCACGCGACAAGGGUCGGCGUUCGAACCGCAGGGAUUACUGUUUCUGCGCGACGCGAAGAUUGCGUCCUUUGAGGACACCGUAUGCAAUCGUGUACUUUGGGAGUGGACCUCCGCGCAACGCGGUGCAGCAGCAGUUUCGAAGGAAGACGUCCUAAUGUUUAUCGAAAAUAAUGUAACAACUGCCAGUGGAAGUCGCCGUUAA